UGCCUCUACCUCUUAGUGCUGAGGUUAAAGGUGUGAGCCACCGUCGCCUGGCUUCCUCUGGAAUUUGUAAGUGAACACUGUUGUGUUAGUCCGUUCCUAUGCAGUUUUUUCAAAGUGGAUUUACUGGUGGGUGUACCAGGCACAAUUAUCUGUUUAAAUCAUUUUUUUUUUCCUUUUGCUGCUACAGGUCAUGUGGCAGCAGUAAAUUGGGAUUCAGUGGAAAUACCAGAGCAGUCCCCAGUCUCUACAGUGUUGCCUGAGCCCUUCCAGUGCAGAGUAGAGAUGUGGUUUAUCCUUAGUGUCCAGGUAGACCCAAAGUGAGAGACUCAAAUAGCAGAAGUAACUAACCAAAGGAGACAGUCAAAAGAACCAGCUUUGGCUCUAGCUGAUGAACAGUCUAGUGAAAGAAACUCUUAAGUGGGUGUUAACAGUACAGGAUUUUUUUUUAAGACAAGGUUUCUCUGUAGCCUUGGCUGACCUGGAACUCACUCUGUAGACCAGGUUGGCCUUGAACUCACAGAGAUCCUCCUGCCUUUGCCUCCUGAGUGUUGGGACUAAAGGUGUGUGCCACCACUGCCCAGCAGUACAGGAUCUCAGACCAGGGUAAACUAAUACACAACUCAGGUGCCUAACUUCUGAUUUAUCAUAUCUAAAGCUGUCUUUGAUUUUAAGAUGAAAGUGAGAUAUAUAUCACACUGGGGCAUUCAUACACAGCUGUAUUGGAAGACUUAGUACAGACAUUAGGGCACUAUCUCAUACUGUUUGCACACAAAUGCUUUGAGUUAUAGUCAAGAUGGAAAACACCAAUUCCCACCACAGACAAUGUCUUGCUCUUGGAUGGUGCCAACACUAUGACCAGCAUCACAUAUAUCUCUUAUUUUUUGUUCAGUCGCCACAGUCCAGACAGUAUAUGUACUGUCAUUUGAUCCUCAUAGAAACUUGUUAUAACCAACUCUGAAAUGAGGAACCAGAUGGAGAGAAACAAGUUAAAAGACUGCACCCACGGCUGUGAGACUAGUAAUGGGUUCUUCAUUUCUAGAGAAAAACCUUGUGCUUUUGACAUAAGUGCUAACAGAUUUCUUGUUUUUCCAUAUACAGCCAAUCAGUUUAACCCUCACUUACAGCUCUCAUUAAAUAGUCACUUAGAAGGUAGCUCUCUAUAAAUGGUAUAGUUUGUAUUUCUAUAUAUGAGGUUGAAGGAAAGUGCUUCUAGAAUGAGGUUAUCUUAAAACUGAGCAGACUCUACAGAAUGGGGGCCAUUGGCUAAGGAUAAGGAUUAGCUAGACCUUUCACACUCAGUUCCAUGCUCUCCCCCAACUAAACAGAGCUAAGGGUCUGGAGCCUCAGAUUCAGCACGGUGUUGUGUUGUAGAUGACGGUCAGUUUGCUUUCCCUAACGUCAUUCUUGACCAUCUUUCAUAGCCUUUAUGUCUGACUGGUAUCCAGUAAACUGCAGGUAGGGCUGUGUCUGCCGUGUGUAUAGGUCUAAUCACAACAAACCUGCCGCAGGAGCCACCUCUGUUCAUCUGUGUCCAGCAGAUAAUAGUGUGACUGCUAAUGUAGCAGCCUUCAGUUUUAAUGCGCUCGCCAGUUUGCCUGAGUUGUAAUAGGCACUUAGAAGCUGUGGUUGUUAGACAUUGUGUCUGACUCCUGCUUUCUCUGCACGGGCAUACUAAUUACUCAAGGAGUGUAUGUAUCUCUACCCUGGUGGUUCUUCACCUUCCUAAUGCUGCAAGCCUUUAAUAGAGUUCCUCAUGUGGUGACCCCAACCAUAAGAUAAUUUUUGUUACUGCUUCAUAACUAAUUUUGCUACUGUUAGGAAUUAUAAUGUGUUUUCUGAUGGUCUUAGGCAACCCCAGUGAAAAGGUUGUUCAACCUGCAAAGGGGUCAUGACCCACAGGUUGAGAACCAUUCCUCUAACCUCUCUCUUCCUUCAAAGCUGAAAGCACAAGGUUAAGUCGUUGUCCUAAGUCUUCCGUCAUCUUGUGUCAUCUUGUAUCCAGCAACAGCAAAGUUACUGAAGACAGCACCUUCCUCUCAAACAAUCAUGGCAUCUAUGAUACAGAAGCUACACCCCAAAGCAGACCUUCUGGUGGAUUUCAGACUGGCCUCCUUGGAUGACAGAACAACUUACCAGUCCACCUUGCAGAAUCAGAACUGAGAGUGGUAGUCAAUAUCCAUUGCAGAAACAUGAACAACACAAGGCCUGCUGGUUUGCAACCUGGAGAAAGUGCCUCAAGAUCCCCACAAGGUGGCAUGCCAAAGCCCUCAGAUUGCUUAGAAACGGUACAGGAAUGCUUGAACCAAUUCAAAGUGACAAAGACACAGUUGCAGCAGAUCCAAGCCAAUCUUCUGUGCUCCAUGGAACAGGCCCUGAAGAGACAGGACAGUUCCGCCAAUUCUGUCCGGAUGUCGCCCACAUACAUAGGGUCCAUGCCAAAUGGCACUGAGCAGGGAGACUUCCUGGUAUUGGAGCUGGGGACUAAAGGAGCCUCGCUGCGUGUGUUGUGGGUGACACUGACAGACACCAAAGAACAGCUUGUAGAACCCAAGAGCCAGGAGUUCGUGAUCCCUCAAGAGGUGAUGCUAGGUACUGGCAAGCAGCUCUUCGACUUUGCUGCCCACUGCCUGUCUGAAUUCCUGGAUGCACACACCUUGAAGAGUCAGAAUCUGAAGCUUGGGUUCAAUUUCCCUUUUCCUUGUCACCAGACGGGCUUGGACAGGAGCACCCUCAUUUCCUGGACAAAAGGCUUUAGGUGCUGUGGUGUGGAAGGCCAGGAUGUGGUCCAGCUGCUAAGAGAGGCCAUUCAGAGGCAGAAGGCCCACUGUAUUGAUGUGGUGGCCAUGGUGAAUGACACGGUGGGCAUCAUGAUGGACUGUAAAUGUGACUCCAAGUUUUGUGACGUUGGGCUUAUUGUAGACACUGGCACCAAUGCAUGUUACAUGGAGGAGGCACGGCACGUGAAAGCUCUGGAUAAGGACCACGGCCGCACCUGCAUCAGCAUCGAGUGGGGCUCCUUCUGUGAUGAGGCCGCCCUCGGGCCAGUCCUGACCACCUUCGACCAUGCCCUGGACUGCGAAUCCCUAGAUCCUGGUGCUCAGAGGUUCGAGAAGAUGAUUGGGGGCUUGUACUUGGGUGAACUGGUGAGGCUGGUACUGGUCCACUUCACCCAGCAUGGGAUCCUCUUUGGUGGCUGCACCUCUCCUGCCUUACUGAGUCAAGGCAGCAUCCUCCUGGAACAUGUGAUCAAAAUGGAGGACCCCGACACUGGGAAAGCCCAGAUCCUCGCAGUCCUGCAGGACUUGGGUCUGAAACCUCAGGUCUCAGAUGUUGAACACGUGCAGCAUGUGUGUGCGGCGGUGUGCACACGGGCUGCCCAGCUCUGUGCUGCUGCCCUGGCUGCAGUCCUAUCCCAUCUCCAGCGCAGCCGGGAGCAGCAGACACUGCAUGCAGCUGUGGCUACUGGAGGGCGAAUGCUUGAAAAACACCCCAGGUUCCACCAGACUCUAAAGGAGAUGGUAAUGCUCUUGGUCCCAGAAUGUGAUGUCUCUUUCAUCCCCUCUGUGGAUGAUGGUGGCCGGGGUGUGGCAAUGGUGACAGCUGUGGCUGCCCGCCUGGCUGCCCACAAGCGCAUCCUGGAGGAUACCCUGGCACCAUUUCAGCUGAGCUUCGAGCAGCUGAAAAUGGUGCAGGCACAGAUGCGGACAGCUAUGAUCAAGGGGCUUCAAGGAGAGGCCUCCUCCCUCCGCAUGCUGCCCACUUACGUCCGAGCCACACCCGAUGGCAGUGAGCGAGGUGAUUUCCUGGCCUUGGACCUAGGGGGCACCAACUUCCGGGUCCUGUUGGUACGUGUGGUUGAAGGCAGUGUGCAGAUCACCAACCAGAUCUACUCUAUCCCUGAGCAUAUAGCCCAGGGCUCUGGAGAACAGCUCUUUGAUCAUAUUGUGGACUGCAUUGUGGAUUUCCAGCAGAGUCAGGGCCUGAGUGGACACAGCCUACCCCUGGGAUUCACCUUUUCCUUUCCGUGCAAACAGCUUGAUCUGGACCAGGCCAUUCUUCUGAAUUGGACUAAGGGGUUCAGUGCAUCAGGCUGCGAGGGCCAAGACGUGGUAAAUCUAUUACGGGAAGCCAUUAAGCGCAAACAGGGAGUGGAGCUGAAUGUGGUUGCCAUUGUCAAUGACACUGUGGGGACCAUGAUGUCCUGUGGCUAUGAUGAUCCCCGUUGUGAGAUAGGCCUCAUUGUCGGAACGGGCACCAAUGCCUGCUAUAUGGAGGAGCUCCAGAAUGUGGCAAGUGUGGAAGGGAACUCGGGCCGCAUGUGCAUCAACAUGGAGUGGGGUGCCUUUGGGGACGAUGGCACACUGGGCAUGUUCCUCACCCGCUUUGAUGAUUGUGUGGACCAGGCAUCCAUCAAUCCAGGCAAACAGAGGUUUGAGAAGAUGAUCAGCGGCAUGUAUCUGGGGGAGAUUGUCCGCCAUAUCCUCCUGCAUUUAACUAGUCUUGGUGCUCUCUUCCGGGGCCAGAUGACUCAAAGCCUUCAGACCAGGGACAUCUUCAAGACCAAGUUUCUCUCGGAGAUUGAAAGUGACAGCCUGGCCCUGCGUCAGGUCCGAGCCAUCCUGGAAGACCUGGGGUUGCCUCUGACCUCUGACGAUGCCCUGAUGGUCCUAGAGGUGUGCCAGGCUGUGUCUCGGAGGGCUGCCCAACUCUGUGGGGCGGGUAUGGCUGCAGUGGUGGAAAAGAUGCGAGAGAACCGGGGCCUGCAGGAGCUGACAGUGUCCGUGGGCGUAGAUGGGACACUCUACAAAUUACACCCUCACUUCUCCAAGCUAGUGUCAGCUACAGUUCAGAAGCUAGCCCCUCACUGCAAGGUCACCUUUUUGCAAUCAGAGGACGGGUCUGGUAAAGGUGCAGCUUUGGUAACUGCUGUUGCCUGUCGCCUUGCCCAGAGGGCCAGUGUCUGAGGGAACAUCCAAGAAUGAUGGGAUCU